AUAGUCAUUGAUCUCAUACGAUCAAUGGCUGAGAUUAAAUUCACCAUGCAUCACACUUUUAAAUAAAAUAACUCAAACCCUAAUUCUUAAAACAAAGCCGCACCUCUUCCUCUCUCUCUAUCAAAGACGGAACCCAGCGUCCGGUGAAGAAGCCAAGUCGUCGACGGAAUCCGGUGAAGCAGCCGGUGAAGAAGCCAACGCCGUCCAGCAGCACCACCAACGCCGGUAGCGUCCACUAGCCAUCCGCUAAAAGGGUGGGAAUCUAUAAGCAGAUUGAAGCUGCUAUUUUGAAAUAUCAAGAAAUUAAGGAAAAUAUCGAAGAAAAGUUCUCAUCUUUUUCUUUAGCGGAAUCAAGUUGUUGAGAUGAGAAAAGACAAAACAGCUGUUGCAAGUUCAAGUAAAAUCAAAUUUGAUGAUCAUGAAUCUUCGUCUGAAGAUGAGGAAAAGGAGAUAGAAGAGGAGCUUGCUGACGUGACCUUUGAGGAGUUGCAGAGAGCAUGGGCUGAUGGGUCUGAUACAGUGUAUAGGAAAUUUAAUUCGGAAGGAAAAACUGGCCGAGCAAACAAGAACAGGCCAAUGGAGGUGAGUAGCAAGAAGCCAGUGAGCAGAUUUAGGGAAAUUAUCCAAGUUCCUAAAAAGGCCACGCGUGACCCUCGCUUUGAGACUUUAACUGGCCAGCUUGACGUAGAACGGUUCAAAAAGAGAUACAAUUUUCUUUACGAGGAUAAUCUUCCAGCAGAAAAAGAAGACCUGAAGAAACAGCUGAGGAAGUCAAAUGAUCCAGAAGAGCAAAAUGAACUGAAAAGUCGCAUUUCUUGGAUUAACAAACAAUUGAAUUCGUCAGGAACGAAGCACACAGAGAGAGAGAUUCUGGCAGAGCACAAGAAGAAAGAGAGGGAAGCUGCUAAGCAAGGAAAACAACCUUAUUACCUCAAAAAAUCUGAAAUUAAGAAGCGCAAACUUAUUGAGAAAUACAAGGAACUCAAAGCAUCUGGUAAACUGGAAGCAUAUAUUGAGAAGAAAAGGCGCAAGAAUGCUGCGAAAGACCAUAGAUUCUUGCCAUAUCGGCGUCCUGGUGAGCAAGAAAACUAGUAAAAUAACAGGUUUGUAUGCUAGAGCAAAUUUGUUUGACCGGUUUUUUCCUCACAAAUUUGUAGAGCUUGCUUUGUAGGGAUUGACCAUGGGCCCUGUAAUUCAAGAUGUAGAGCUUGUUUACUUUAGUUCUUGUUAUAGUUCAGCUGAUUAUACUUGGUGUAUCCAGAGCUUAGACAGAGAGAUUUAAAUUAUGAUAUUCUCCAGCAAGAAUACAAUCGAAUAGUCCAGCAUUUGACUCA